GGGGCAGUCUCUUGCUGUUACAAUAUUGCUCCCUUACGUAAGGGCUGCCUGGUGCCCUCUUUGCGCUCGGGCUGCAGCUGUCGGGAUUUGUGAUCGCAUCCCGGGAUGUUGGCAAUGUGUGACACAGCCUUCGGAACACGCCUUUGCCUGCGGCUGUCGGGGGGGAAGCCACCGGCAAGAUAAGGACUUCGCUGUUGGACCACCAUCUUUGGAAAGCUGUGAGAGAUUCAGGGUUUGUGGCAUAGUAUGGAUUUGACAUCAUCACAGCAUAAUCAUCUACAAAAUCAAGGGGUCAGAGAAUUCAGAAGACAAGAGGGGAAAAAAGAAGAUGAACAGAUAGUUGCAGAAAUCAUGGAGAGGCGUUUCUUUCCUGAUCAUAUAGCUUAUAAGACCUGGGAAGGCUUUCACUUUGCCGGCCAUGAGAUAAGAAUUACAGAAGCCACUGAUUGUUACGGGGCAGUCGUCUGGCCAUCGGCUCUUGUUCUGUGUUAUUUUUUGGAAACUAAUUCUAAACAAUGCAAUUUGGUUGACAAAAACGUGAUUGAAAUUGGAGCUGGAACUGGCUUGGUCUCCAUAGUAGCCAGUCUGCUGGGUGCCUUUGUGACUGCCACAGAUUUGCCAGAGCUACUGGGAAACCUUCAGUACAACAUUCUCCAAAAUACAAAGCAGAAAUGCAAACACCAGCCUUGUGUUAAGGAAUUGUCUUGGGGAAUUGAUCUGGAAAAGAACUUUCCUAGGUCUUCCUGUCACUUUGACUACAUUAUGGCUGCUGAUGUAGUUUACCACCAUCCAUUUCUGGAUGAACUCCUCCUAACUUUUGAUCACUUGUGCAAGAAUGAUACUGUUAUUCUGUGGGCCAUGAAAUUUAGACUGGAGAAUGAGAACCGAUUUGUGGACAGAUUUCAGACACUGUUUGACUUAGAGAUGAUUUCUAAUUUUCCCAGUUUGAACAUAGCCUUGUAUAAAGCAAUGAGGAAAGGCAGGAUGAAAGCCAGACCUUCCAAACUGAAGGUCUGAAAGAGAGCUAUAGGGAGGUGACAGCUGCAGCUGUUCUGCAGCUUUUUCUCUCUUUAAUAGUUUCCAUUUUAGUAGCUGCUGACACUUACAUGAAUGACAUUUCUAGAGAUAGGUAAAACAAAUCAUCAAAUUCCUAGUGCAUUCCUAUAAAUUCCUAAAUUCAAUUUGCCAAUAGUGAUAUACACAGAAGAGAUAUAUCUGUGACAUUGUCUUGACUUUUAUGUGCUAAGCUGACAACUCUAAUAACUUUUACAAGUCUUACCAUGAUUGUUAUGGUCAUAUAAUGAAUAUUUCCAGAAGUUUUCAAUUACAGCUUUGAACAGUCUCUUAUAAGUUUGAACAAUUAUUUAUAACUUUAGACUAUAAAUCUUUGUAUUUAAAAGUUUUGGUGUUAAAUCUGAUAUUUCCCCAUUUUCACUAUAAUUUUAAUCCUUCCUUUGAAUACUCUUAAUAGGACAUUAAAUUAGCUGAAAAAACCUCACCACCUGGAAAACACACUUUUGUGAUAAAGGGAUAGAAUACAUUAGUUACUCUUAAUGUAGCUCUUAAUUUUUCAAUUUAAAUUUAGGGAUCCUUCAACACACAGAGCACAUAAGGCAAGAGGGAUUUAAAUGUUUUGUUGCUUGAACAAAGGUCUUGUAUUAGAAGCGUACAACAA